AAUAAUGUAGGUUGGGAAGGGUCUCUCAGAGGACAAGAACAGUCAGCAUUUAUGUGACAGACACUGGGUUGAAAUGAUUGAUCACCCACAUCAUCGCUACGGCCACAAUCUGCAGUUAUAUCACAGUGUCUGGUCUCAAAGUAACAGCCCUCAACCCUUCUUCUUUUGAGUUAGAUAUCCAAUGGAGAGUACGCGGGUUACAGCAAGGGGAGCGGCAGCUGGGAAAGACGGUGGCCACAGACAGCGGCAAGGCUACAGACAGCGGCAACGGCACAGAAACAGUGAAGCAGGUUACAACAAUCAGUUUUCCGGCUGGUCAACGACUUUCUUCUUUUAUAAUUUUCCAGAGGAAUUGGAGGCAAAAUUCUUAUGGAACAGUUUUCAGAUGUAUGGGAAGGUUGUUGAUGUGUAUCUUCCGAGAAAACGUGACAAGCGAGGGAAGAGGUUUGGAUUUGUGAGGAUGAUAGGGGUCAAUAAUGAGAUGCAGAUGGAAAGGAGGCUGAACGGCAUCUGGAUUGGCUCGUACAAGAUCAGAGUGAAGAUUGCAAAUGAUCAGCAACGGAAACCAUCAAUGUCCAGGAAGAUACAAGGUGAAGUAAAGGAUAGUGGAUCAACGGUGAACAUGAAUAGGCUGAUCCAACCAGGGCACUCAUACGCUCAAGCAGUGAAGGGGCAGGGAAAGAGGACAGAAAAGGCACCAGUUAAUCUGCAGGAAAGAAAUGAAGAAGCAACUCCAGAUAAGGAAGGUGUUUCAACAAGGGCCCAGGAGAAUAAGAUAGUGGAAAAAGGAGAGGAGACUAUGGAAUUCAUCCCAACAGGCGAGGAGAUGCAAUGGCUGGAGGGAGGCAUGGUGGCAGAGGUGAGAUCGAUGGCCACGGUAUCAGAGAUUCAGGAGCAAUUGGAUGUUGAUGGAGGCUCAAUCUCAUUAGCACCAAUCGGGGGAAAACGUUUGUUAUUAACGGAAAGAGUCAAAGGGUACCUAGCUGAGUAUAUGAAGCUUAAUGAGGAGUUGUGUGGAUUGUGGUUUGAGUCGUUAAAACCGUGGGAGAAGGCAACAGAGGAGAAAAGUAGAAUGGUGUGGUUGAGAAUAGCGGGAGUGCCUCUAAAGGCAUGGAGUGAGAGGUGUUUCCGAAUGAUAGGUGAGACAAUAGGAGAAGUAUUAAUGAUUCAUGAUGAUACAAAGAAGAAAUCAAUCUUAUGGGAUGGGAGAGUUUUGAUUUUAUGUCCAGAUUCUAGCAAGAUAUCAAAACGAACAAAGCUGAGAGUGGAAGAGCAGGUGUAUGAGAUAGAGAUAGUCGAAGAGGAGUGGCGCUCUGAUCCGGAUUGGUGGUUGUCAGAGAAUGACCGGAAAAGUGACCUGGAAACGGAGUCUGAAUAUUCAGUAGCGUGGAGUCAGAAUGUGGAUCCUGAGUUGGAUACGGAUGGGAUUGGCGACGGCGAUGAAAUGAGUACUGAUUCAGAGCAAUUAAUGAAGGAUUUGGAUUUAAAUUCGAAUUCAAAGCCGUUAGCGAAAAAUGAGAGUUGUGGAAAAAUUGAAACAGGGAUGGCUUUGGAGGGGAAUGAAGGGCACGGGCUUACACAGGAUAAUGGGCCUCAAAGGCUGUGUUGUGUUGGGCCAGUAACUAACGAUGGGCCUGCUGAAAAAAUGGACCAGGGGCAGCUAAAGGAAAUGAGCAUGAGAUUAAAUAAUAAAGGAACAAUGGAUACACCGGCAUUGCAGAAAUCGGGGCAAAAAACAGAGGGCAAAAAGCAGAGGCCUCUUCAAGAGUGCUACCCAGAAACCAUGGAGGAGAUCUGGGCGAAAGGGACACCGUGGGUGACACCCAGAUCAAACAGAGACAGGCAAGGAGAAGGGGCGAUAGGCAAGCCGGGGAUGACAAGGGUGUUGCAGAGAGAGAUGAGUCUCCUUGAGGUGCGUCGGAUGAUGAGAGUGGGGAAGAGGUUAGGUUUUCAAUUUGAUAAUAAUGAGGAGGAGAUUCAGGCUAAAUUAUUGGAGGCAGAGGAUCGGCUCGUAGAAGGAAGAAGAGACGAGUCGGGGAGGAAGGAGGUGAAAAAGAUGGUUAAAGAAGAGAGGCCCGAUUUCUUGUUCUUGCAGGAAACAAAAUUAGAAAGGAUGGAUGUUGAUACUUGUAGACAGUUGUGGAAUUCUGAUGAGUUUGAUUGGGUUGCAAAGGACUCUUCUGGAGCUUCAGGGGGUUUACUGUGUCUAUGGGAUAGGAGGCACUUUGUUAAGAGGGAAGAGUUAAUUGGUGACGGCUUUGUGGGAAUAUCAGGGGAAUGGGGAAUAAGUAAACAACAGUGCUUUCUUGUUAAUGUGUAUGGCCCAAAUGAUAGACAAAAGAGGGCUAAGUUGUGGGAGGAAUUAAGGAAGAUGAAAACAGACAAGGAAGGUUAUUGGUUGAUAGCAGGGGAUUUUAAUGCUGUUAGAGGUCCUGAGGAGAGACGAGGAAAAUUAAGGGAGAGUCCGGGUAUGAAAGACUUUGAUGAGUUCAUUGUGGCAACAGAUUUGGUUGAUGUUAAAUUGACAAAUAGAAGGUAUACUUGGUAUAAACCAGAUGGCACAGCAAGAAGCAGACUGAACAGGUUCCUGUUAAGUACUGAGAUGAGUAACAUGGAAGGAGAGUGGAUACAACAAGCAUUGCCGAGGAAUAUCUCUGAUCACUGUGCUGUUGUGUUGAAGUCCAGAACAACAGAUUGGGGUCCUAGGCCUUUUCGGGUUCUAGAUGCUUGGCAACAACACCCAGAAUUCAAAAAGGUUGUUGAAGAAAAAUGGAGCGAGAUGGAGGUGGAGGGGUUUGCAGGGUAUAAAUGCCAGCAAAAGUUAAAGCUAUUAAAGGAGUUUUUAAAGGGAUGGAACAAGGAAGUAUUUGGGAACAUGGAAGCUCUGUAUGGGCAGGCCGUGAAAAAGGUAGAGCAAGUUGACAUGCAGAAUGAGGUAUCAGAUUUAGAAGAAGCUGAGAUAGUUAAAAGGCAAGAAGGCUUCUCUGAGAUGUGGGAUUGUAUAAGAAAGAGGGAACUUAUCUGGAAGCAGAAGUCAAGGGAUAAAUGGGUGCGUGAGGGUGAUGCGAAUACCCGCUUCUUCCAUAGAGUUGCUAUCGGGAGAAGAGCGCACAAUAACAUAGUAGGCGUAAUGAGUGAGGGGGGGUGGUGUGAAGAGCCAGAUGCAGUUAAAAAUGAGGUUGCCAAAUAUUUUAGUAAGUGUUUUCAAGGAGACUCAUGGAAUAGACCCAAGCCUGGGGAGCUUAAUUUUCAGCAGAUCUCGGAGGAGAAAAAAGAAUGGCUUGAAAGACCAUUCUCGGUUGAAGAAAUUGAGGAAGGCUUGAGGAGCUGUGAUGGUUCAAAGGCACCGGGGCCGGAUGGUUUCAACUUCAACUUUCUCAAAUUCGCGUGGCACUGCAUAAAGGAGGACUUCAUCAAUUUUUUCUCUGAAUUCCAUCGGAAUGGUAAAUUGGUUAGGGGACUGAACUCUUCUUUUAUAGCUUUAAUACCAAAGAAAUUGAAUGCUGUUGAACUAAAGGAUUUUAGACCCAUAAGCUUGAUCGGUUGUGUCUAUAAGUUAUUAGCGAAGGUGCUGGCUAAUAGAUUGAAAUCUGUGAUAUCAGAAUUAGUAAGUGACACCCAAUCUGCUUUUGUGGGGGGCCGUCAGUUGGUGGAUAGUGUUUUGGUGUUGAAUGAAGUAGUGGAUGAGGUGAAGAAGAGGAAAAAACCAGCUUUUGUGUUUAAGGCAGAUUUUGAAAAGGCAUACGAUUGUGUAGACUGGUCCUUCUUGGAUUGGAUGAUGGAGAGAUGUGGCUUUGGAACGAAAUGGAGAGGUUGGAUUACAGAAUGUCUUUCAACAGCGAGAAUUUCGGUUCUAGUAAAUGGGAGCCCGACAAGGGAAUUUGAGGUAGGUAAAGGAUUGCGACAAGGUGAUCCUUUAUCUCCUUUCCUCUUUUUGUUGAUUGCAGAGGGGUUACAAGGCUUAGUUCAGAGAGCAGUAACGGAGGGAAUGUUACAUGGGAUUGAGGUUGGAAAGAAAGGGAUGUCCGUGUCUUUACUCCAGUUUGCGGACGAUACAAUUAUUAUGGGUAGAGCAGAUGCUGAGAACAUACGUAUGAUUGUGCUUGCGGAGAUGAUUAGAAUUCAAAGGUGCUUUUUAUGGGGAGGGACAGGGCUAAAUAAGAAGAUUUCAUGGGUUAAAUGGGACUAUGUGUGUAGUGCUAAGGCGAAGGGGGGUCUAGGGGUGCCGGAUUUGCGUAGAAAAAAUUGGGCAAUGUUAGGGAAGUGGUGGUAUAGGAUGGGUGACGGGGUUGACAGCUUGUGGAAAAGGGUGGUGAGGGAGAAAUACUAUGGAGGUAGGAGGGAGGUCGAUAUCACAGCGAUUGAGUGUGCGAGGACUUCAAAACUGUGGGGAGAUAUUAUUAGGAUAGGGGGUCAGUCAUGGAAACAUAGGAAUAUGCUGGCUGAGGGUUUCAAGUGGGAGGUGGGUGAGGGUAAUAAAGUGGCCUUUUGGCAUGAGUGGUGGGUUGGAGAUAAAAAUCUUAGGGAUUUAUUUCCAAGGCUAUUUGAGUUAUCAAUGAAGAAGGAAGGAAAGGUUGCCGAAAUGGGCUUUUGGGAAGAGGGUAAAUGGGUCUGGCGGGUUGAGUGGAGAAGGGGAACAAUAGGGCGUGAGAAAAAUGAGGAGGAGAUGCUGGAAAAGAUGCUAGAGGGGGUACAUUUAAAGGAGGGGGUGGGGGAUGUUUGGAAGUGGGUUCAUGAGAUAGAAGGCAAAUAUGUUGUAAAAAUAGCUUAUGACCUUCUAGCAUCUACGGAGUGUGUUUUAGAAGACCAGAUGUGCAAAUUAAUAUGGUGUAGAUGGGUGCCAUCAAAAGUGGCUUUUUUUGGGUGGCGAUUAUGUUUAAAUAGGCUCCCAACAAAGGAAAACCUUCAAAAGCGUGGGAUACAGCUACAAGUAGGGGCUUUUUGCGAUUGUUGCAACGAGAAUGUGGAGGAAGUUAAUCAUUUAUUUUGCGUUUGUUAUAAGACAUGGUUACUGUGGACUCAAGUGUUGUGUUGGUGGGGUGUGGAGAGUGUCUUGCCUAAUACAGUGGUGGGAAUGACAGAUUUUUUCUUAGGAGGUUUAGGAAGAAUAGUUGGGAAGGAGAUGGGAUCCUGUAUUUUUCUAGUGGUUGCUUGGUAUUUAUGGUAUAGACGCAAUGCUCAAGUAUUUAGAAAAGAUGAAGGUUUAAUAGAAAAUCUGCUGGAAAGGGUGCAAGUCAAAACCUUUUUAUGGAUUAAAUCUAAAGUGAAUGGCUGCGUCUUCUCCUUUCAUGAAUGGCAAACUCGUCCGAUGGAGUGCGCUAUGGCUGUCAAAAAUCAUAAAAGGAUGCGGAAGCAAUUCUACAAGACAUUCGGGUCCCCUGGUUGAGGGUUUGGCAGUGCAGAAGGUUUUGUUUUUGUCAUAUUCGGGUUGUAAGGAGCCUAGCUCCAAUCAGAUGUGGGUACCAUCAAGAUGUGGGUGCCAUAUUGUUGUAGAUGGGUUGAAGCACCCCUUGUGCUUCUUUAAAUAAAAAGUUUUUAUUUGG